CCGGGCGGCUGUUUCCUGUCCUGGUGCAUGGUGGUCGGACGAAGGAAUUGUUGGAAAAUUUUCUCGGAGGUAGAAAAUGUUGUUAGCGCAAAUAAAUCGGGAUUCUCAGGGAAUGACAGAAUUUCCUGGAGGAGGAAUGGAGGCUCAGCAUGUUACCCUAUGUCUGACAGAGGCAGUAACCGUGGCAGAUGGUGACAAUUUAGAGAAUAUGGAAGGUGUGAGUUUGCAAGCUGUGACACUUGCAGACGGCUCUACUGCUUACAUACAGCACAGCUCUAAAGAUGGGAGACUCAUUGAUGGCCAGGUCAUUCAGUUGGAAGAUGGUUCUGCUGCCUAUGUUCAACAUGUUCCUAUACCUAAAAGUACAGGGGACAGUUUGCGGCUGGAGGAUGGGCAAGCCGUGCAGCUAGAAGACGGAACGACUGCGUUUAUCCACCAUACUUCUAAAGAUAGUUAUGACCAGAGCUCACUUCAGGCAGUUCAACUGGAAGAUGGCACAACAGCUUACAUCCACCAUGCAGUGCAAGUCCCACAGUCUGAUACCAUCUUGGCAAUUCAGGCUGAUGGGACAGUGGCAGGGCUGCACACUGGGGAUGCCACAAUUGAUCCAGAUACCAUUAGUGCUUUGGAGCAGUAUGCAGCAAAGGUGUCCCUUGAUGGGAGUGAAAGUGUAACAAGUACAGGACUGAUUGGAGAAAACGAGCAAGACAAAAAGAUGCAGAUUGUCUUACAAGGACAUGCUACAAGAGUAACUCCUAAAUCUCAACAGAGUGGAGAAAAGGCAUUUCGGUGUAAAUACGAUGGAUGUGGAAAACUCUAUACAACGGCUCAUCAUCUCAAGGUCCAUGAGCGCUCACACACAGGAGACCGGCCUUAUCAGUGUGAGCAUUCAGGCUGUGGGAAAGCAUUUGCGACAGGUUAUGGAUUAAAAAGUCAUUUCAGAACUCAUACUGGAGAAAAGCCAUAUCGGUGUUCAGAAGAUAAUUGUACAAAAUCUUUCAAAACUUCAGGAGAUCUACAGAAGCACAUCAGAACCCACACAGGUGAAAGGCCCUUUAAGUGUCCUAUUGAAGGCUGUGGUCGGUCCUUUACAACAUCAAAUAUCAGAAAAGUGCACAUCAGGACGCACACAGGAGAACGACCAUACUACUGCACAGAACCAGGAUGUGGGAGGGCAUUUGCUAGCGCAACUAAUUAUAAAAACCAUGUGAGGAUACACACAGGAGAAAAGCCAUAUGUCUGUACAGUUCCUGGUUGUGACAAAAGGUUUACAGAAUAUUCCAGUUUGUAUAAACACCAUGUCGUUCAUACUCACUCGAAACCAUACAACUGUAACCACUGUGGGAAGACAUACAAACAGAUCUCCACACUGGCUAUGCACAAACGGACAGCUCACAACGACACAGAGCCCAUUGAGGAGGAGCAGGAAGCCUUCUUCGAGCCUCCCCCAGGUCAAGGUGAUGAUGUUCUUAAAGGGUCCCAGAUCACAUAUGUUACAGGUGUAGAAGGAGAGGACAUUGUAUCUACACAGGUAGCCACAGUAACCCAGUCUGGGUUGAGUCAGCAAGUUACACUUAUAUCCCAGGAUGGGACUCAACAUGUCAACAUAUCUCAAGCUGACAUGCAGGCCAUUGGCAACACCAUCACCAUGGUAACACAGGAUGGCACACCCAUCACGGUCCCUACUCAUGAUGCAGUCAUCUCCUCAGCAGGAACACACUCUGUUGCUAUGGUCACCGCCGAGGGCACAGAAGGGCAGCAGGUUGCAAUUGUGGCUCAAGAUCUGGCAGCAUUCCAUACAGCCUCUUCAGAAAUGGGACACCAACAACAUAGCCAUCAUUUAGUAACUACAGAAACCAGACCUCUGACCUUAGUGGCAACAUCCAAUGGCACCCAGAUUGCAGUUCAGCUUGGAGAACAGCCAUCUCUGGAAGAAGCCAUCAGGAUAGCAUCUAGGAUCCAACAAGGAGAAACACCAGGGUUGGAUGAUUAAUACGGGAACCACAGAGCAGUAAAGCAGGAGGACGGAGCCUUUCAUCUUCUGGCUACAGAAAUCCCUGAGGCCCGGCCCAGCAGAGCAGACGUUCCAAUCCGGAAGCACUGUACACGUUUUUAUGCAAGAGUGGAGAACAUUUUCUUCUUGACACUUUUGUGUACAUAGCCCCUGGAAUAAAUUCCCAAAGUGAUUGAUUGUGUACAAGGAAGUAUGAAAUGAGGGCACCACAGCAAUUCUUCCGUCACUCUUAUUGCACAGCAGACGUCAGGACCCACCCACAAGACCAUCCAGGUCUAUACAGAGUCAAGAUGAGAUUUUAACUUACUGUGAAAAAAAAAAUAAAGGCUGUAUCUAAUGUGCCGAAGGUUCUACAUGUCAAACAAUCAUAACUUCAAAGCCAUCACAGAAAAUAAAGGACGCAAGCCUUCAGAUGUUCCUUCA